UCGCUUCUCGUCGCACUCAUGGCGUCCGCCUCAACAUCCUCUGCCGAUCUUCUUGAACAAGCAGCCUCUCUUCAAAGUAGUCCCCAGCAGGCAGAAAAGAUUUACCAGGAGGUUCUGUCAAGGCCGACACCACCGAAUGUUACGCCAGAGACCCACGCACAAAUACUGCGUGAACAAGAAACGGCCUUGCUUACACUUGGGACACUCUAUCGCGAUCAACAAAAUGCUGAAGGACUUGCUCAAGUCAUUACCCUUUCUCGCGCGUUUUUCAUGACUAGUACCGCGAAAGCCAAAACGGCCAAACUGAUUCGGACACUUCUCAACUACUUCAAUUCCAUCCCGGAUAGUAUGCCCACCCAAAUCCGCGUUCUCGAAGACAAUAUCGCAUGGGCAAAGACCGAGAAGCGUAUAUUCCUGAAGCACAGCUUGGAAACGCGUUUGGCGGGCAUCCACCUUGAUUUGCAGCACUACCGUCCUGCUCUGAACAUCAUCGAGAGCUUGCUGACAGAACUUAAGCGACUAGACGACAAGCUAAUUCUUACCGAAGUUCAUCUUUUGGAAAGUAAAGUGUACCGCGGCGUUGGCAACAUCACAAAAGCCAAGGCUGCGCUGACGUCUUCACGAACAUCUGCUGCCUCAAUUUACACCCCACCACCGUUGCAGUCAGCUCUGGACAUCCAAUCUGGGAUUCUACAUGCGGAAGAGAAGGAUUACAAGACAGCGUACAGCUACUUCUUUGAAGCAUUCGAAUCUCAGGCGUCCGCGGCAUCAUUUGCACCGGCCCCUGGAAAGCUAGGAGCGGAUGGGGCACUGCCGGCGGUCACUUCUGGAGAGCCAAUUGACACUGACGGGAAAGGCGCACUGGAAGCACUCAAGUAUAUGCUUCUUUGUAAGGUUAUGCUGAACCUGCCAGAAGAUGUCCAUUCACUACUCAGCAUCAAACUUGCGCUCAAAUAUGCCCAACUGCGAGAUGUGGAGAGCAUGCGUGCCAUUGCACGAGCCCACCAGGACCGUAAUCUGGCUGACUUCGAGAAAGCGUUGAGGGAUUACAAGGACGAGCUUUCUUCGGACCCUACUAUUCGGUCUCAUCUUGCCGCCCUAUACGAUACGUUGCUCGAACAAAACCUCUUGCGCAUUGUCGAACCGUACUCGGUAGUCGAGCUUGAAUACGUUAGCGAGACGGUCGGGCAAGGCCGGCAAGCAGUUGAAGCAAAAUUAUCGCAGAUGAUUCUAGACAAGGUGCUGCAUGGUGUACUUGACCAAGGGCGGGGCUGCUUGCUUGUGUAUGACGCAACAGAGGCGGAUACCACUUACACAUCGGCAAUUGAGACUCUGCAACAGGUUGGAAAGGUCGUGGAGAGUCUAUAUGCGAAGAGUGUAAAAAUCGGUUGA